GGCGUGGCACUCACCACCGUGUUUCUGUUCUGUAUCGGGCAGCGGAACAUCGAUGAUAAAAUUGAAUCAAUGAUUCAUCUGUAAAUUGCUAAAAAACUUCGUCUGUUCCGGUAAACGGAAACAAAAAACAAGAUAGGGGUUAGAUGGAUAAAAUGAAGAAUAAUCGUAUUCGCUGAGCGAUCUUCCUAGUUUUGGUGACCUCUCCCUCUCCGGUAUUGUGUUUCACGGCUGCAUCGUUUUUCUGCCCUUUCUACGUAUCGCAGACGGGACGAGUUGAAUUCAUUUACCCUUCGAUUACCUCUACCUCUACCGCCUGAAGGCCUACUUGACACCCAAAUCCUUGUUCUCCGACGAUCCAUCUGAGCCACCUAUUGAUGUCGGCGGUUUCAUGUCCUCCUUCACCAGCCCUCUCCAUCCCGCUGCUUCGGAUUUCCUCCAUGUUUUUGUAAAUACUCAUCUAGUUUUUCUAGGGUCCAGCUUUGGGUUUGUGAUGCUCGACUGCGCUAUCUAGGGUUUCGAAGGGUUUGGUUUGUUUCUCGCUUAUUUCUCGCUUAUCAAGCUGUCAUUUAGUAGCUGAGCGCUAGUGACUCCGUGGAUGAGUUUGGAGAAUGAGGGUCAAUUGUCGCUGCGAUCCCCGAUGGGAAGCAGCGCCCCUGUAUCGGAUCAGAAGAAGCCGAGAAUUAGCUAUACUAGGGAAUUUUUUUUGUCUUUGAGUGAAUUGGAUGUUUGCAAGAAGUUACCUGGUGGAUUUGACAAAUCAAUUCUGAGUGAUCUUGAAGACGCUGCUAAUACUGCGUCUGAGCGGCAAAGAAGUUUUGGCAACUUAUCUUUGCAGGGUUCAAGGAGGGGAGAUUAUGGUUCGCAAUUGCUGAAUAAGCCAGAAAAUUCAAACAUUUAUACAAAAGGGAUCUCCUCAAGGUGGGAUACUCGGUCAUCGGGAUCAAGUGACAGGGAAUUAGACUUGCAGUCUGACCGUGAAUCCUUUGCUAAAGCGUCAAAAAAGAAUAUUACUGGUUUGGCCGUCUUUUUUUCUACUUUUUUUGAUGAAAUUGCAAUCUCUAUGUCCUACAACAGAAUUAUGGUACAUAUGCGGGAUCACUAUACUAUCUGCGAGGUGGAAAGGGGAGCUGCGUUUGUGAAUCACUGUAGCAUCAGAGGGUUUAGCGUGGUUAUCACCGGCGAGAUCGGCAGCGGCAGCAUAGAAAGACCUGAGACCAUUAGCGAGCCUCAGCUGGCGCAGCUUGCCGACUGCGGCUCAAUAGAAUUGCUGACUUGCUGUCUGCGGGGUCCCGAGUAA